GCAAAGUUCCGUCCCCACCUGUUUCAGACUGUUUUGACCGGUGAUAAUGUUAUCAGAUGACUUGCUUAUGUAUUCUAUAGAAUUUCAUACUGUGUAAACUAAAAUGGAUUUUUUUAAUGGAUGUAUUGAAAUGGUUACUGUCAUGGGUCAUUCUAUCGAAUGAAAAUUAUCUGAAAGCGUGACUUCCGCAGUCUGUGAAAUUUUGUGGAAUUAUCGACAACCUUUUUUCUAACUGUCUUUAAUACUUCUGGAGUAGAUACGAUAUUUCUCUGGUUCAAAAAGAUUAUUUUAAAUGAUUUAGAAUGUUAAAUGUCCAUAAGUACAGGAAUCAAUCUGAGAAGUAUUCGAAUUACCAUGUCACCUAAACACGAAAAUCAUAUGUAAAAAUGUACUCUAUUCACCAUGAAGGUUUUUGUCAUGAGAAAUGUUUUCCAAAUCUUAGACUUAUACAUCGUGAAAAUCAUACUUAUAACAUAUGAUGAAUAAACUUUUUGCGUACAUUGGAAAAUAUGAAAGGAAAAAUAAAAAUUCGAUGAUAUUUGAAAAUACAAUUUAAAAAAUUGGUUUGCUAAUAGAAUGAUUAAACUAAUGAGUUAGUCGAAAGAAAUAUGGGAAAGUAGACAAUCUAAAAUGGGAGAAGAUUUACACAGAUUAACAACCAUGAUGAAUAAAUCUCAAAGACUAAUAAUUGGAUUUUUAAUAUUGUUAUUAGUUGAUAUUAUUUGGAUAUCUAGCUUUAGACUCACUCAGUAUAUUUAUUUAGAAACUGCUUUCGAAAAGCCGUUUUUUAGUACAUACAUAAAUCAAUCAAUGUUGACGUUAUAUCUACUGGGUUUGUGUUUUUGGCCACCGUGGAGAGGCCAGUGUAGCAAGUCGACUACUUACACGUUUGUAGAUCCGAACAUAGAAGAUGAAAAUUUUUAUUCGGAAGUCAAUAAUUCAAAUUUGAGUGAUCCGAUAUUCGUUCCAAUACAAAAACCAGAGAACCAUGAUCGAUCGUCCGGAACAGAGAGUGAUGAUUCUUCCAUUCGAGCUGUACGCUUCAGUAAAUUAGCCGAAGUGCGACAUAUGUCUGAAAACGAUGCUAUCGAGGCUUUAUUGGCAAGGCUUAGCUAUCAAGCCAGCGUUCGAGCUGGAGAACAAGCACGCCGACAAGCUCAUAAGUUUUCUAUACAAAAAGUCGCCAAAGUCGCUCUGAUGUUUGGCUUCAUCUUGUUUACGGCAAAUUAUAUAUACCGAAUUUUGUUGGCCCAAAUGGAUAUUGGAAAUAUGACUAUAAUAUCAUCAACGUCUAGCUUAUUCACUUUAUUACUUGCUUCAUUUGUUUCAAGUAACAGCAGUGAUAAACUUUCCCUAUCAAAACUGGUUGCCGUAUUAGUUAACAUCUUCGGAAUGGUUUUAAUGAGUAGAUCGAAUAUAAAUAUGGAUGCAAAAGAAGAACCUAAAGUUAUGAUUUUAAGUAUGCUCAAUGCAUUUUUUCAAACUGUUUACGUGAUAUUCUUAAAAAAAAAAGUUGAUCACGAAGAUCGAAUGGAUAUACCAAUGUUUUUUGGAUUUGUAGGCCUUUUCAAUCUUACUUUGUUAUGGCCAAUAUUUUUUAUUCUUCAUUAUGGACAUUGGGAAGAAUUCGAAUGGCCAAACAGUCGACAAUGGACAUUCAUAGUUAUAAAUGGAAUUAUUAGUACAGUGUUGAGUGAAGUUUUAUGGCUGUGGAGCUGUUUCUUAACAUCUUCACUUAUAGGAAUUUUAUCAGGAAGUUUAUUAAUACCAAUGUCGAUGAUAGCCGAUGUACUCUUAAAAAAAAUUCAAUACCCUUACAAUUUUUACGUGGGUUUGAUACCGAUGAUAUUUGCAUUUUCAUCUAUAUUCUUACUGUCGUAUUAUGAGAAUUGGGACCCAGUAUUGAAUUUAUUGAAAUACUUUCAUUCUUUGAUUUUCAGAAAAAGUAAAAAUAUAAGAGUACUAGACUUGGAAGUUGAGCAGUCAGAAUGUCUCAUUGGUGAUGUAAACAGUGUAAACCAUGAAGCUUAAUAUUACGAAAGUACCCUGAUGUGGAAUAAUAAACAAUUAUUGAUACCUGUAUUUGUAAAUUUUUAAUAAUACACAGAAAAAACAGUUAACUUGAAUCAAGGAAAAUAUUCUCAAAUAUAUCAAGUAAACAAUUAUCUUCAAAUUUUUAUCUUGAAUCAAAAUUUUUUUUCUCACGUCAACAUAUAUUUACGCUUAAAUCAAAAAAUUUUCACUUGUUUCAAGAGUUUAUAUUUCUUAAAGUAAGAGAUAUUUUUUUUGGAGCAAGAUAAAUUCUUUUUUUGUAGCAAUAUUGCAUUUUUUCGGUUAAAAAAAAUAAAAUUUCUCGGAACAAGUACUAUUCUUUUUACGCAAGUAUUUUUGUAUUCUCCGACCAAGAAAACAAAAGUUGCUUAAGCCAAGAGAAAAAAUUUCUUGGGAGAAAAGAUCGAUAUGGAGAAGGGGAAAGUCACCGCUGCUAGACAGCAGCAGCGGGAGUAGUUCGGUGCUCGCCACGAAAUCGCGCCUACGACAUGUAGUGUCCCUGGUGAUACAUUUAUUUUAGAAGUAUUAUAUUCCAAAUUUCAUUACGAUAUUGUUUGGGUAGUCUUCUGUCAUUUGAUAGAACUACAAGUACCCUUUUGAAUUGUACUAUAGUAUAUCCUAUAAUACAUCAUGAUUCAUGACUUUAAUAUUUAAUAUUAAAGUUACUUGAAAUUCAAGUCUUGAAUAAUUUUGUUCGGAAAAAAAACAGAAAAAAUUACGUUUCAAAUUAAAACAAACCCGUGUAAAAAAGUUCGGGAAUUCCGGCGGUGAUUCUGCAGAAUUCCUAAGGAAUUCAUAUUUGUGUCAAAAUCGGACUUCCGGAUGAAUUCCGAAUGAAAACUAGUCCGCUUGAAUACCGAUGAAUUAUUUUCAGAUUACUAAAUAAAAAAUUUUUGUUUCCUACUUUAAAAAUAAUUUAUAAAAUACUCAUGUUAUUUUCCGCUAGAACUUGGCUGGAAUUCUGCAAGAGCUUUUUGGAAGUCCUCCAGAAUUCAUCCGGUGUUCGAGCGGAAAUUUUAGGACAUUGGUAUAAAAUAAUCACUUGGUAAAUUCAUUGAAAGUCCACUUGAAUUCCGAUGAAUUUUGGCAGUAAUCUAAACCCAAAAUUUUAAAUCUCCACUUUAUUAAUAAUUUAUUGAAUAGUCAAGUCCUAAUCCAAUAGAACUCAGCUGGAAUUCUGCCAGAGCUUUUUUGGAAAUCCUCCAGAAUUCAUCCGGUGUUCGAGAAGAAAUUUUAGGACAUUGGUAUAAAUUAAAAACUUGUCAAACUCAUUUAAAGACCGCUUGUAUUCCGAUGAAUUGUUACCAGCAAGACUCUGAAUCGAACAUUUCCCAUCGGCUAUUCUUAAAAAUAAUUUUACUGCUCUUCAUGUACCUCCGCAAGAUGUCACUAAGAUCUUACUAGGAAUUCGUUAUGUGAUAAAACCUUUUUUUCUAUCUAGGAAAUCUUACAUUAUUUUUCUUGAUUUCAUCUUUCUGCAAUUACGUCCGUUCAGCUAAUAUUACUGUUUUUUUACUGAAAUUCUUACCAUCCGUUACGGUAAAGUCGCAUGACUAGUUUUCAUUCGGAAUUCAUCCGGAAGUCCGAUUUUGACACAAAUAUGAGUUCCUUAGGAAUUCUGCAGAAUCACCGCCGGAAUUCCCGAACUUUUUUACACGGGAAAAAAUAAAAAAAAUCCACACGUCAACCUUUCGGAGAGAGAAUACAUUUUUGACUGAGAAAAAUUUAAGUCUUCAUUAAAGAAGCAAACUUUUGGAGCAAGAAAUUUUUUUUCUUGGCCCAAGCAACUUUUAUUUUCACUUAAGCAAUUUAUUUUUCGGAGCAAGAGAAUUUUUUUCUUGGACCAAGAGAUUUUUUCUUGGCCCAAGGGAUUUUUUUUUUUCAAUCAAGACGUUUAUUUUUUGGAGCAAGAAAAUUUUUUCCUUGCGCCAAGAAAUUUUUUCUUAGCCCGAGUUAACUUUUUUUCGUUCAAAACUUUGAGUUUUUGGAGUAAGAAAUUUUUUUUCUUGGGGCAAGAAAAAGUUUUUUGGCUGAAGUUAAACUUUUUUUCGUUCAAAACGUUGAUUUUUUGGCAAGAGAUGACUUCUUUUCUGUAGCCAAGAAUUUUUUUUCUUAAACCAAGAAAUUUUCAAUUUCGCUUCAAAAAUAAAUUUUUUUGGAGCAAGAGAAUUUACUGUCUUGAACCAAAAAAAAGUUUUUGAAUCAAGUGUUUUACUUUUAUUAAAUCAAAAAUGAAAAUUCGGAAGACAAUAUUUUUCUUGAACCAAGUUAACUGUUUUUUCUGAGUACUUUAAACAUUCUUUUCAAAUCCUACAAUUUCU